ACGUUGCAGUAUAAAUUGUGACUUUGAGCUAAGAUGAUCUUUCAAAAAGUGAGCCAUUUGCCCUAUUUGAGAAUCCCCUGUCGUUCUCGUGCCGUAACAGGCCAAAGACCAAGUGUACGGCUCAAAAAGUGAAUUAAAACGCUAGUCUAAUUGAUCAGCCAACAGACGGCAUUAAAAAUGAGCGUUGAUUCUGUGUAGAAAAGUGCUAAAAAGUGAUGGGAAAAUGAGGCAGAAAAAAGUUUCUCACAAUGAAAGUCUUCCGUGACCUAGAGAAAAUUUCAUUUUUCAUCAAAUAUUCAUUGGAUUUCUAAAGCCUCUGGACCUGUCGCUCAACAGAAAACAGCAGCGGACCAAACACUGGGCCAACAAGUGAAAGAGGAAAGAAAUAUCAACAGAGAGGAUGACUUCACGGCUCGAUCGACUGUUUAUCCUGCUGGAGUCGGGUUCAUCUGCAGUGACCCGAAGGACAGCUGCUAAACAAAUUGGGGAAGUGCAGAGAUUACAUCCCCAUGAGUUGCACAAUUUACUGAAUAGGGUGAUUGUUUAUAUGAAAAAUUCGUCCUGGGAUACGAGAAUAGCAGCUGCACAGACUGUUGAGGCUAUCCUCAAUAAUGUACCACAAUUUCAACCAACUCAGGGUACAACUCUGGAUGUUAAGCCACCAUGUGGUCAAUUGCAAUUUGCCACAUUCGAUUUGGCCAGUAUUCUACUGAGUAGUGGACGUUUGAUGGGUUCAGAGGGGAAUGAAUUUGACUUCCAGGAUGAUGGUGAGCGCAAUAGUAAGGAGCGUCUUAUGAUGCAACGUGAGAUUAUUAGAGAGAAAUUGGGUUUUGCCAAAGGUGAUCAAUUUGGCAUUGCUCUGGAUGAACUUGUGACUUUGGAAGAUGUAAAAUUGGAGGCAGGACCGAGUGACUCAAAAGCAAGACUGAUACCUGUAGAGGAUGUUCUCAGUGGGGAGAAUAAUUUGACUGAUACUGCUACAUCUAGUCUCAGCUGUCGCGAAAAAAAUCGUGCUAAGCGUAAGGCCAGGCAAUGCUUCCUUGCUGGCACGUACAGUCGUAGUAAUUCUACAAAUGGGGGCGGAUCUAUGGACACGGAACCGCCGGAGAAGAAGAAAAAGGCUAAAGAUGGCUUGAGUGAAAGUCCUAUAGUCUACAGCCAUGGACCCGUUCCUGAUGGAACGGGAUCAUGGGGAGAUGCCACAAUGUGGCCUUUUGAAGCUUUCUGCACAAAAUUAUACAGUGAUCUCUUUAAUCCACGCUGGGAGACACGUCAUGGGGCUGCUACAGCUCUCAGGGAAUUAUUUAAGAGUCACUCUGAAAAUGCUGGAAAAAUUGCAGGGAUGAACUUGACAGAAAUGGAGGAAGCACACAAUCGUUGGCUUGAAGAUGCAGUUCUUCGGCUUUUGUGCGUUCUGUCUCUGGACAGAUUUGGAGAUUUUGUAUCUGAUCAGGUGAUUGCACCGGUCAGGGAGACUUGUGCUCAAGUUCUAGGUACUCUGUUGAAGCAAAUGCCAGAGGAAAAGAUUAAUUCAUGUCUGCAGAUUCUCCUGCGAAUGAUAAAGCAUGAGGAGUGGGAAGUGAGACAUGGAGGACUCUUGGGAAUUAAGUAUUUGUUGGUUGUACGUGAAGAUCUUCUGCAGAACAUCCUUCCGGCCCUGAUCAAUGACAUCCUGAUGGGUUUAUUUGAUCAGGAAGAUGAUGUUGGAGCUGUUGCAGCUGCAACUCUCAUCCCAAUAGCUUCGUGGUUGCCCAAACUCCUCAAACCCAUGGAAGUGUCGCGAAUUGUGAAGAUGCUGUGGGAUCUAUUGCUGGAUCAGGAUGAAUUGACGAGUGCCAGUAAUAGUUUCAUGGGACUCUUGGCAGCCAUCUUAAGUCUUCCCAAUGCGUCAAAUUGGAUUCAAAUGGAGUCAAUGUCUGUCCUCGUGCCGCGUUUAUGGCCAUUUCUGAGUCACAGUUCCAGCUCUGUGCGUCGUUCUACGCUACUGACAUUGCGAACUCUCACGCAGGUUGUAUCUGUGGAUGAAACCCUUAUGACUGAGGAUGAAAGUGCUAAGUCAGCAGGGAGUGAUGAUGUGAAGCAGGAUGGGAAAAAUGCGAGUGAAUUGAUUUUGAAUAUUGGUGUUAGGAAUUGGGAUUGGGGAUUGCUGCAGGAGGCUCUGAGGCAUAUUUAUCAGAGGGUACUGAUUGAGCAUGUUGAGGAUGUUCAGGCAUUAGCGGAAUGUGUCUGGGAGAAUUUAGUACUGAAUUCUGAUCUUUCGGCACUUUUGCAUGCAACCUGCCCCUAUGUGGCUUCUUGGCUAUGCCUGGCUAUGCAACCAUCACGACUGGCCUUUGAUCCGGGCAGUUUGAUUCAUGUGAAAGUGUCGGGGAUUAGGGAGAAACGGGGUAAUCGGAGUAAUUUGAUAGAUCCUACGGAGUCUGCAAUUAAUCAACAGCAGAAAGUUUAUCUGGGUGGAAGUGAGACUGUUCCACAGGAUGUCCGGGAGAAGAAUGUUGAUCGGGCAAGGUACAAAGUUUGCCGAAUGUUGGGACUCUUGUCCAAAUUUCUGGUUCUUCCAGCACCGGGAAUUGUGUAUACGGAAGAUAUGGAGAGUCCUGUCAAUUGCUACUCAAAAGUCUUACUGGGACAUUUGUCAUCCCGUUCAGCUCUACAGAGAUCCAUUAGUGCCAUGGUGAUUAGUUUUUGGGCUUUGGGUGAUCCAGCCAUUCGUCCAGGACCUGAAAUGUUGCGUGAAAAGUUGAAAAAUUGUCUAACUGAAUGUAUCUAUUAUGACGAAGUUGGGAUUCUUUUUACGCGUCUCCUGCAGGAUUCUAGAGAUUUUCUGGCAACUCUAAAGCAAUAUAAAGUGCCCAUUGUGGAGUAUGAAGGUUUAAAGGUGCUCACGUUGGAGCAAAUUGAAAAUCUUGCUACGACACGAACGGAAAAUCUUAAGAAUAAUCAUGGUUUGAAGGCAAAAGUGGCAGAAGUCAUUGAGAGUCGUAGGAAGGGUUUACAGGUAUCUUGUACACAAACAAGUACUGAGCAGAAUACCUUCAAUAUUUCUACACAAUCUGCUCUAGCUGGAGCUGUGGUGUGCCUCAAUUGUCUCCCUGAACGUCUAAAUCCUGUGAUUAAGCCAAUCAUGGAGUCCUUGAAGCGUGAAGAAGUUGAAAUAAUGCAACAACUUUCAGCACAGUAUCUUGUAAGGCUACUAGAUCAAAUUGUUGAGCGAAAUCCGUGUCCAAAUAAUAAGAUUAUAACAAAUUUGGGGGCACUACUGAAGACUGAUACGGAUUUUACGCCAAAAAUUGUCAUCCCUGUGGAACCGUAUGAGAAAAAUCGUUGUGCUGAUGCUUAUCUUGGAAUACUCACAUUGUCCAAUCAGGAGAAGGCACUAAUUGUGCAGAAUGGACAGGCGGCAAGGGGUCCAGGAAGACCACCAGCUGUGUCAGAAGUUACACUGGAGGAACUCAGAGAAGCUGAAGAUCCACAGAAGAAGAUUAAUCGUGUUCAGAGAAUUGGUGCAACUUUUGCCAUUGCAGAGAUUUGUCGGUAUUUUGGGGUGGAAUUGACGGUGAAAAUACCGAGAAUUUGGGAACUAAUGACGGAUUUCAUGAGGGACAAAUUGACCAAAGAAUCAGCCAAUUUGUGGCUUAGUGUGAGAUUGAUGGAGGAACAAAUGGGUGAAUUGAUGACGUCUCUUCAAGUUACUGAAAUGGCAUUUCCCAAUUUGCACUCAUGCCUUCAGGAUCAACUGUUUGAUCUUCUCCUGCCAAAGAUGUCACUUUUGAUUGGGCAUCCACUUAAGGCCAUCAGGCACAUGGUGGCCCGAUGCCUAGCUACCUUUGCUUCAGUCAAUUCUGCCAAAGUCAUGGGAUUGCUAAUGGAUACAGUAAUCCCACUUCUGAAUGCCAUAGAGAGUGUAAUUAAUCGUCAAGGAGCUAUUGAGGUGAUUGUCAAUAUUGUCAAUAAGCUUCAAUUUCAAAUUGUUCCAUACGUUGUACUCCUGGUGGUACCACUCUUGGGCCGUAUGAGUGAUCCUGAUCAAUCUGUGAGGCUAAUAUCAACUCAUUGUUUUGCCACAUUGAUUCAAUUGAUGCCACUUGAUGGCUCAACGCCAGAUCUGCCGACCCUUUCAGAUGAAUUGCGCAAGAGAAAGAUGCGUGAUAAGGAAUUUCUCGAAUAUCUCUUUACGCCCAAAACAAUUCCAGACUACAAAGUUCCCGUGGAAAUUAAAGCUGAACUCCGAAGUUACCAACAAGCUGGUGUCAAUUGGUUGUGGUUUCUCAAUAAGUACAAACUCCAUGGAAUAUUGUGCGAUGAUAUGGGAUUGGGUAAGACCCUUCAGACAAUUUGCAUCUUGGCAGGUGAUCACAAACAGCGAAAUAUUGAGAAACUCCCAGCAAUUCCUUCCAUUGUCAUCUGUCCACCUACUUUAACUGGGCAUUGGGUGUAUGAAUUCAAUAAAUUCCUGCCACAGCGAAUUCUCAAACCACUUCACUAUGUUGGCUUGCCGGUGGAUCGGGAAAGGCUACGCCUAAAGAUGGCCAGUCACAAUCUCGUGGUGGCUUCGUAUGAUAUUGUGAGGAAGGAUAUAGAUUUCUUCGGCAAAAUCAACUGGAAUUACUGUGUCCUGGAUGAGGGACAUGUUAUCAAGAAUGGCAAGACCAAGUGCUCCAAGGCUAUUAAGCAACUAGUCGCAAAUCACAGACUGAUUCUAUCGGGAACACCUAUUCAGAACAAUGUUCUAGAACUGUGGUCCCUUUUUGACUUCCUGAUGCCGGGCUUCCUGGGGACUGAGAAACAAUUUGUUGCACGUUUUUCACGUCCAAUCCUUGCGAGUCGUGAUGCCAAGAGUUCACCCAAAGAACAAGAAGCUGGAGCUCUAGCCAUGGAGGCACUCCAUCGGCAAGUUCUGCCGUUUCUGUUGCGACGUGUUAAGGAGGAUGUUCUUACGGAUCUUCCGCCAAAGAUUACCCAAGAUUUGCUGUGUGAAUUGAGUCCAUUGCAGGAGAGACUGUAUGAGGACUUCAGUAAGACGCACUUCAAUGCUGAACUGCAGGAUUGUAUUGAUGGGAUUGGAAGUGAAGUGUCACAAAAGCGUCCACAUGUUUUCCAGGCAUUGCGUUAUUUGCAGAAUGUCUGCAAUCAUCCCAAGUUGGUGCUGAAUCCCAAUCAUCCGGAGUAUGUGAAGAUUCAGGCAGAUCUAGCUAAGAGCAAUGGUAGUCUCAAUGAUAUUGAGCAUUCGGCCAAAUUGCCAGCAUUGAAGCAACUUUUGAUUGAUUGUGGCAUUGGAAAUUGGGAUGUAUCCAUCAAUCAACAUCGUGCACUGAUCUUUUGUCAGUCAAAAGCGAUGCUGGAUAUUGUAGAGAAUGAUUUGCUGAAGAAGCAUCUUCCAGCUGUGUCUUAUUUGCGUCUGGAUGGAAGUGUUCCAGCUGGAAGUCGUCAUGAAAUUGUGACAAAAUUCAAUAGUGAUCCAAGCAUUGAUGUUUUGCUCCUGACAACACUCGUGGGUGGAUUGGGGCUCAAUUUGACUGGGGCUGAUACGGUGAUUUUUGUGGAACACGAUUGGAAUCCAAUGAAGGAUCUUCAGGCAAUGGAUCGUGCCCAUAGGAUUGGUCAGAGAAAAGUGGUGAAUGUCUAUCGUUUGAUAACGCGAAAGAGUUUGGAGGAGAAGAUUAUGUGUUUGCAGAAAUUUAAGCUACUAACAGCGAAUACUGUGGUGAGCAAUGAGAAUGCCAGUAUGGAAACGAUGGGAACGGAUCAAUUGCUGGAUUUGUUCAAAUUGACUGAUCAAAAGGCAACGGUUGCAGCAGAUAGAAAGGCACCAAAUGAUCGUGUGUCAAUGAAGACGGUUCUUGAGACACUUCCGGAACUCUGGGAGGAUCGUGAGUACGAGGAGGAAUACGAUUUAACGCAGUUUCUUGAUAAACUAAAAAAGUAGUGUUGUGAAUUUCAUUUUUUUCCUGUUUCCUUUGAGAUAACUUCCAAAACAAAAAGAAGAAUCGUCAAAAAUUUGCAAGACUUUGUCAAUGAAGGAGAAACUUUUGACGAUUCUGGAGUAGAAUUUGUAGUUUGAUGAAUCAAUUUAUUUUUCUUUUGUUUGUAGAACCUUUGAGUGAAUUUUAUUUGUCAUACUGAUCGCGUCAGUGUUUGUGAGUUUAAGAGAAAAAAAAAUACAGUAAUAGUAAGGUAA